AUGCAGAAGAAACGAGAGAUCUGUGAGUACAGAGACAAGCUAGACAAAACCUUGAAUUCUCCUGAUCUCACCAAUGACCAGACUCUCAAAUCCCUUCUCAGAAGUCAGCUUUGCUCUUCCCAAGAAUGUAAUGAAAAUAUAUUGGAUAAAAGAACAGCUGAUGUAUCGAAGCUACUUACUAAGCUUAGGAGUGUUUCCAUGACUGAUCAUCAUGGAAACAGUGAUUGGAAACUGAAACAUGAUCUUGAAGAUUGCCGUGUUAUGUACCGUGAAGGUCUAGAUGGAAGUCCUUUUCACACUAUGCUCGUUGAAGGUUACAUGGAUGCCCCUAUCCAAGAAUGUUUGUGCGUUUCGUGGGAAUCAACACUCUACAAGAAAUGGUGGCCACAGUUUACAUUUCCACCAUUCAAGAUCUUAGAAAGCACAUGCUUGCAAAAGGUCAGGAUCGGUGAACAAGUAUGUUUAGUAAGGAUAAAGGUACCAUGGCCAUUAGCAGAAAGAGAGCUUAUUGUACACUAUUUCUUGUUUGAAUAUUUUAAAGAUGGCUUAGUCGUCAUCCUUCUCAACACGAUAUCUGAUUUAGAUAGCAUUGGAGUAGUUUCCUCUAAUAAGAUCAACGAGAGUGUUAUGUCAGUAACACCUGGUGCAGUGAGGAUUGAUAUCGUUGGUGGAUUUGUCUUACAAAAGGUUACUCCACAGAGGAGUUACUUCAGGACGAUAGGGGAUAUGGAUAUAAAGCUAGACUUUGUCCCUCCGUCUCUAAUGAAUUUUGUAACUAGGCAGCUGAUUGGUAACGGUUUCAGACUAUAUAAAAAGUCAGUUGCUUCGGUGGCUAAAGUUGAUGAAGAUUACAGCAGAGCUUUGGAUGAACCGUUGUACACUAAGAUACGUCAAGCUCUGUAUUCAACUGAUAAGACAAGUGAGGAAGAACCAAAGUUGGAAGCUAAUGAAGUGAAUGGUGAUUCGGAACAUAAGGAUGAUGAUGAUGAUGUUAGUGAAAAUGAGCAUGUCCAUUGUAGAGAAGCUAUUCCAGAGAUUGAAGAAGAAGAAGAUGAUGAUUUUGAGGAAAGUGUUUCUUCAGAGGAAGGGAAUGUAAAUGGCAAGACUAAUGGUGACAUCAGAAGACAGUUUUGCAUCAGUCCAGAGGUGAGACAAGCUUUAGGGACUCUAGAUAGAGUAAUAUACAUGGUUAGAACAAAUACAACACCGGUCCAUGAAACUGAGGAAUUGUCACCAAACAGAGUAGAGGAUGAUCAUGCAAAGCAAGUGAGUCUAUUAGAACAUUUUGAAAAUAAUGUUCCUCAAAAAUCAGAGAGGCAAGAUUUUUCAACUUCGACGGUCACACAAGAGAAGGAGAGAGGAGAAGUAGAAGAAAAUGGGAUGUUAGACAAGGGUGGUAAGAACAAGAGCUUGGGGAGGAGAAAACGUAAGACACGCUGCUUGGCUUUCAGGUCCUGGCUCUAG